AUGGCAGAUCCGAGGGCUAUGCUCAAUUAUAACACUGAACUCAUGAAGUGUUUAGAAGAUUUGAAGGAAAAGCGAGACGAAAUAAAACGUCAAGUUCAGAGAGAAGAAGAAGAUAAGGCUAAAAUUCAGAGAGAGAUGAAUGUAUUAAAUGAGAGAUUAAAAAAAGUUCAUGAGAGUUUACAACGCAAAACCAUUGCUAGAGCUGAAUACGAUAAAACUAUUCAAGAAAUUGAGAAUGCAUAUACCAAAAUCCUUGAGUCAUCACAAACAUUACUUCAUGUUUUAAAGCGUGAAUCUGUGAAUCUUUCAAACCCAAAGAAGCAUAUAGGAAUUUAG